AUGACCAUGGAACCAGGAAUCAGUCUCAGCAAGGCUGAUAUUGUUGAGAAUAUACUUCUAUGUUUUGAAUCAGUGAAUGGGUCUUGCAAAAGAUCAAUCUUUCCUCCAACAAUACGAGUAUUACUUUAUCUCUUACUUGGCUCAAUGUCUGUUCUCACAGUGUGUGGCAACCUUCUUGUAAUCAUUCCCAUCAUCCACUUCAAACAGCUCCACACCCCGACCAACUACCUCAUCCUCUCUCUGGCUGUGUCAGACCUCCUCUUGGGGGUUUUAGUGAUGCCUCCCAGCAUGGUAUAUUCACUGGAAAGCUGCUGGUAUUUUGGAGAUUUAUUCUGUAAAAUCUACACCAGCACUGAUGUCAUGUUGAGCACUGCAUCCAUUCUUAACUUGUGUUUCAUUUCUAUUGACCGGUAUUAUGCAGUGUGUCGCCCUCUCCUUUAUAGAACUAAAAUAACUGUUCACGUUGUUCUGAUUAUGAUGCUGGUCACCUGGACGGUUUCUGCCGUAGUAGGGUUUUGUAUGAUAUUUCUGGAGCUCAAUAUUUGGGGUGUGGAGGAUUUUUACUACAAAAAUUUUGCCUGUGAGGGAGAAUGUAUUUUGUUUCAAAACAAAGUGUCGAGUACUGUGUCUUCGGUGAUCUCAUUCUACAUCCCAGGAGUAGGGAUGCUUAGCAUCUACCUAAAGAUUUUCCUAAUAGCACAGAGACAGGCACGCUCAAUUCAGGGUACAACCAAUCAGAACUCUGUAGGCAAAUCACAGAGGAAGGCCACCAAAACACUUGCUGUCAUUAUGGGGGUAUUUCUAUCAUUCUGGACACCCUUUUUUGUCGUCAACUGUAUUGAUCCUUUUAUUAAUUACUCUAUCCCACCCGUUUUGUUUGUAACAUUUGUAUGGAUUGGCUAUUUGAAUUCAACCAUUAAUCCUAUGGUGUAUGCAUUCUUUUACAGUUGGUUCAGGAGGGCGUUUAGAAUUAUAAUUUCUGGUAAAAUAUUUCAACCUGACUCUUCAAUAAUACAAUUGUUUUCAGAAUAA